AACCGUAACCAAAAAAAAAAAAAAAAGAAUAAUAAAGGCGGCAGCCUUUGCCGUUUUUUCCUCAUCAUCGCGCGGUGAACGACACCCCUCAAACUUGUGAAGAUGCGGUCUAGCCUGUUAUUCCUGUGUUGCUUCCUUUUCGUCUCUGCUCUUGGGGACCCGAUAAGGACCAAGAAAGAAGCACCUCUAAGCCCACCUCCAAGCCAAUAUGGCCCACCUGCGACUUCUUAUGGAGUUCCAAACGUAGGAAGCUCUUACAACGCACCAUCUGAUUCCUACGGUGCUCCACCACCACCAUCUUCCUCCUAUGGUGUACCUUCCUCUUCUUACGGUGCUCCAUCAGGACCAUCUUCUUCUUAUCACGCACCAUCAGGAUCAUCUUCUUCUUACAACGCACCAUCAUCCAGUUAUGGUGCUCCAUCAGGUCCAUCUUCUUCUUACGGUGCACCAUCGUCCAGUUAUGGUGCUCCAUCAGGUCCAUCCUCUUCUUACGGUGCACCAUCGUCCAGUUAUGGCGCUCCAGCAGGCCCAUCUUCUUCCUAUGGUGCUCAAUCCGAUCACGGUGCUGAUCACGGUUCUUUUGGAGGCGAUCAAGGAUAUAGCAGCGGUGGAUCCUUUGGUGAUGAUCAUGGAAAUGGAGGUGGUCAUGGAUCUUUUGGAGGUGACCAUGGAUCCUUUGGAGGUGGUCAUGGAUCCUUCGGAGGCGGUCAUGGAUCCUUUGGAGGCGACUUAGGUUCCUUUGGAGGAGACCACCAUGGAGGAGGAGGAGGCGGAGGAGGAGGAGGAGACCACCAUGGAGGAGGAGGAGGAGGAGGAGGAGGAGACCACCAUGGCGGUGGUGGUAGUGGAGGAUUAUCAACUUCCUAUGGUACUCCAGCACAAUCUUAUGGCCCCCCCGCACAAUCUUAUGGACCACCAGCGCAAUCCUAUGGACCACCAGCGCAAUCCUAUGGACCACCAGCUCAACCUCAAGGAAAAUGGGAGAAGAAAUUAACGUGGAAAGCAGAAUGGAAGCAGAUCUGGAAAACAGAACAGAAAUUAAUCUGGAAACAAGAAUGGAAAAAGGUUCAAGUACCUGUUUGGAAGGAAGUUCAGGUUCCAGCGUGGAAAGAAGUUAAGGUACCAGUUUGGAAGAAAGUCCAGAAGCCUAUUUGGAAGGAGAUCCAAGUGCCAGCGUGGAAAGAGGUCCAAGUACCAGCCUGGAAAAAAGUUUGGAAGCCAGUUUGGAAAGAAGUACAGGUACCUAUAUGGAAAGAGGUUCAGGUACCUGACUGGAAGAAGGUCUGGGUUCCUGAGUGGAUUAAAAUAGGUAUUCCUGGUGAACAAUAUGUUGGUAAGGAUCAUCAUGGUUGGCAGUAUACCAGUCAUGAUCUUUGGAAGAAGAAACUGAUUUGGAAACCUGUAUGGAAGAAGAUCUGGAGGACGGAGAAGAAGCAAGUUUGGGUUAGUGAGAAGAAAUUAGAGUGGAAAGCUGAAUGGAAACAGAUCUGGAAGACUGAAAAGAAACAGGUCUGGGUUAGCGACAAGAAAUUGGUUUGGAAAGAGGAAUCGGUUCAGGUCUGGGUACCUGAGAAGAAGCAAAUUUGGGUAACACAGAAGAAGCAGGUAUGGAAGGACGAGUGGAAGAGCAAAUGGGUGCCAGUGUGGAAAGACAUACAGGUACCAGCGUGGAAAAAGAUAUGGAAGCCCGUUUGGGAGAAAGUUUGGGUACAGGCUGAACCUCAUCACGUCGAACACCAUGGAUACAAGUAAAACUCAUGUCAUGAGAUUCUUCGUUCGAUCUUUACUCAUCUGGACGAUAAAAUCAUUCAUCGUUGUUCAAAUUUUUUGCUAGUGUAGUCGUAGCCUGGGGGCGGGGGUCAAAGGUUCGCGAAUCGCGAAAGUCGCCAUCGUUGCGUUCUUUUUUUGUUCUCUUUCGCCUUUCGGAGAAAAAACGAGGACUCCGCUGUUGUUUGCGAUUACGGUAACGGAGUCCAGAUUGUCUUAUUUUAUGUCUGUAGGAAGCCAUGUAAACCAUGUAAAAUCACGUGAAAGUAUCGUGGAAAAGAGGAGACUUUAUUCUUGGUAGCGAAAGAAUGUCACGUUGAGGAGUAAUUUUAUAAUAGAAAAUUUGGAAGUUAUCGAUGUCAAAUGAUUUUAGAAUAGAAGAAAAAUAAUAUCUUUCUCUUUUUAGAGAAAUAUCAAGAAAUUAUUUUGUUGCGAGAUUAUUACUCGUAUUCUACCUUUUUUCUAGGUGAAAUAUUUAGUUAAUUACUUUUUUAUUUUGAAUAUUUGUUUCGGGAGAUUAUUAUCGCGAGAUCUUAUCAUUUGUAUUCUGUUUGUUGUUUUGAUUGAGAUUUUCUGUUUAAUUAUGUUUUUGAUUAAAUCUUAAAAUGAACGAUAAUAUUCAUGUACAACAGAACCUACUAUCGAUUAGCAAAACUGCAAAUUCUUUAAAAUAAAUUCUGCCACGCAUUUUGAAAGAACCGGUAGUUAGAAUAGGAAAUUCUAUACGAUUCCGUGUUACAUAGUAGAGUAAGAAUCGUCAUUCGUGUUUGAACAAGCCAUGUAUGACAAAUUGAAUAUAAUUAUUUUCUUUGUUUACUUGUAAAUAAUGAUUCCUCAUGGAAGUAUAUGUAGAUAUAGAUAUUUUUGUACAAUGUUUGCGUAUGUUACCGUAAUAAAGUACAUUUUUUUU